ACGUAGUGGUCGGUUGAGCGGACGGAUAGAAAUAGACGGUUCUAGAGCCCUAUUAAGGUUGGUGUGAGUGAAGGUGAAUGAACUUUUCUUUCACACUGUUUGCCCUGACGGUCACCUACCUGCGCUUGUCCUUCGGCUAGACCGCUCUCCGACCUUCUCUACCUACUUAAGUCCCUCCGCCUUCUUCAACUUCCUUCCUUCCUUCCUCCGCCCCGGUUUGCUCCAGCUCACGUACGUCAAGCCCGCAAACAUGGCGCCGCCCAAAGAACGCGACAAGGACGCGCUCUGCGAGACGCUGGGGGCCUUGAACGUCAAGCGCCAGUCCGCGGAACCCGCCUCUGCGCCCGGUCAACCCUCCAUGCAGUUUGACGGUGGUGAGGACACUCGUCCUCACAAGGACACAUUCCCCGACAUGGACAAACCCUCCGACAAGCCCUCCGACAAGCCCUCCGACAAGCCCUCCGGCAAGCUUACCGACAAGAAUAUAUCCUCCCACACGGACAAACCCUCCGAUAAGCCCUCCGACAAGCCCUCCGGCAAGCUCACCGGUAAGGGUAAGCUUACCGACAAGGACAUAUCCUUCCACAUGGAUAAGCCCUCCGACAAGCCCUCCGACAAGCCCUCCGGCAAGCUCACCGGCAAAGGCAAGCUCACCGACAAGAAUCCGCCCUCUGGCACGAACACUCACUCGAACACACCCUCUCACAAGGACACGUCUUCCCACAAGUGCCACUUCUGCGGCAAGCAAGCUCGCCAGACUUGUAGCGGCUGCAAGAACACUCCCCGCGCCCACAACACCUACUACUGCGACAGCAAGUGCCAGACGGCUCAUUGGCCUGUUCACAAGUCUGAGUGCAAGAAGCUUCAGAUCCGCAAGACGUUCUACCGCGCGGUCAAGUUCCUUUGUGAGGCUUGGUACGCGUACCGUGAGUGUACCUUCGAGUAUCCCGUGGACAAGGUGGAAGUGAAAGAUGGCCUCGUCUACGUCCAUAUGGAAACCACGAACGAAGCUUUCCAGAGGAAUGGUGGACAACCAUUCUUCCCCUUACCGGAACACUUGGUCAGCGAUCCGGAACUGAGGCGUACGAUCCUUUGCAGUAUGACGAUCGGUGACUCGGUCGCAUUCAUGGAGAAAAUGGUUCGGCAGGCUCUCUCCGGACUCUACACACACAUCACUGAAUGCAUUGUUCAAGUCAAAAACCCCAGCAUUCGAGUUGUUCCUGUCCACGACCGUAGCCAAGAGAGACUCUACUUGGGAGAAUACAAAGUCAUACACGUUCUCCUGAAAGACGGCGAAAAGUAUUGCCUCGACUUUCACAGCGCGUCGUAUGGCUGGUACGAUUCUCCUGUCCUCCCAUGGGCCGAAUAUGUAGCCCUCCGCGCGACUACCUUGUCCAUGUACUCUCUUGACUCUCCGAAUGGACAAUGUUCCAACUGCGUCGGCAGCGUCAUCAGGGCCAGUACGAGUAUAUUCGCCCACAUGUCUUCAGCUAACCCUAUCGAGGUGAUGUCUGAGUUACUUACGGUGCACUAUUCUCUUUUGGUCCCCUGGUACCGAGUCAUAACGGCUUGGGUGCAGCAGAACAACACUAAGUUUUCGGCUCUACUGAGACUUCCGGAGAUGCAAUAUAAGGCAGGCAAAGAAGACUUGAUGAAGUCAAUGUCUAUGAUUGUGGAAAUGGCUUUGAAGCUUAAGCCGGGACACAUGUAUCAUAUCGAUACAGAAAGACCGGUGGAAAAAGCUUUGGAGGGAUUCAAUGCUUGGGCCAAGAGGGUAAAGGACUUGAAGGCCAGCUUGGCGAUUAACCCUGAUCCCAGGAUGAAGCAAAUGCUGUAUGCUUUGGACUGGGAAAGUUUACAACUCGGCCCCUAACCCUGAUCCCAGUAUGCAGCAGAUGCCCCAUGCCUUUGAUUUUGGAGGUAACCGGUAUCAAGAGUAGCAUUGAGGAUUGGUACGGAAAGACUGAAG